AUGACUUCGUUUUUGCAACUAAUACUUGACGUGAAAUUGGAUCGAAAUCGUAAUCUGAGCAUCUACUCGACGAUUUACACCAGUCCCCGAAGGCCGAUGUUCGGAUGUUUGCCUGAAGCUGGCAGCACCAGCGGCGUCUCUGAUACGGAUACGUUUGCCGUUGAGCCGCUGAUUCAGACCGAGUUUGUCAAGUGGUGCACGAAGCGAUUUGCCGAACCGAUCCUGCAUUACCUUUCCGACCAGGAGGCUCAGAAACAGAUGCUGUCCAUCACUUUCAGCGAAGUCAGCGACUGGGCGCUGGAAGCGCUGACAGCCCUCUCUACUCCGCGGGUUGCCUUUCAGCCGAGUUUCAGUCGUUCUACGGCCUCGCCUUCGUCGUGCCUCGCUUUUCUUCCAUUGCAUCCUUUGUUAUGCACCGGCGACGGAAGCGGCGUGAACGUGUGGGACUGGGAGUCGGGUCGUUUCAUCUGCGGCUUUCAGAAUCAAAAUAAGACGCCGAACGAACUUUUCGACAGCUUAUGUGCAGUGACCCCUGGCCGUGUGACAGCCAUACAUAUCGUCAACCCAUACACUGAUGGUUACAUGCUUGUCGGCACUGAUACCGGUGAAGUGCGGAUUUGGGAUUGUCAUUUUUCAUCAGUCAGCCCCUCUUUGAGCAGCUCUCAGUCAUACUGCAAACCGGAAUUGGUUACUGGAUGGAACGCGAUGGGCGACGUCCAACGGUUCUCAUCUGUUCCGUCGACGCACUACUAUUGGGAACAGAACACGGGUCUUCUGUUCGUCGGUGGUGAUUUCAGGGAGCUGCUAAUCUGGGAUGCCCAUCGAGAGCAGAACGUGGCACAGGUUACAGUUGGCAGUGCAUCUAAUGUUUUCGUGACGAGCAUCUCAGCAGACAGCGCAGGACAUCAUUUGACGGCGGUUGGCUGCAGCGACGGCACAGUGCGUCUGUUCGAUCGGCGCCUUCCGACCAAUGAUUGCAAUGUGAUGACGCUGCGGUGUUUGCAGAGUCCUGUGUGUAGGGUACACCUGCAGACGAAGAGCAUCGGCAGCAAGCUUCUGGCUGGCACAGUUGCGGGCGAUCUUUGCCUGUGGGAUCCACGUAUAUUUCAGGAACCGGUCGCGUACCGCCGCCUGGAUGAUGGUGGCGUCAGGUCGAUAGAUGCACAUCGCAGUUUCGAACUCAUAGCAGUUGCGAGCAGCACGCAGACCAGCAUCCUGACAUUCGACUGGAAACUGCAUAGCGUCAUCCGACCUUCCGAUGGCUUCAUCGGACAACGAAGCGCGGCUUCGUGCUGCGUCCACUUUCACCCUUUGAGGGCUCACCUAGCAGUCUCCGCUACGGAUGGUACCAUUGUGGUGUACGGAUUAGCUUCUUAG